AUGAGGUUUUUUCCCACUAAAAAAGCCGUCGGAUGGGCCUUAGUCCCUACCCUUCUCUCGACUUUCUGCAAUGCCAUUGAACUAGACGUCAACGACAAAGAUUCGAUAAAGGCUGCUGCCAAAAUCGCUGCCGAAGGUCUGGUAGAAUACUAUCAUGGCGACGAACCCGGCCAGGUCCAGGGCAAUUUGCCUCAGCCGUACUACUGGUGGGAGUGUGGUGCUAUGUUCGGUGCCCUUAUCGACUAUUGGUAUUAUACCGGUGACGACCAGUUCAAUCAGAUCGUCACAAACGGGAUGUUGCAUCAGGUUGGAACCGGUAACGCCUUCAUGCCUCCAAAUCAAACCCAGUCCCUCGGAAACGAUGAUCAAGCUUUUUGGGGAAUAGCAGCCAUGAUGGCUGCUGAGAGAGGGUUUCCAAACCCUCCUGGUACAUCUCCUCAGUGGUUGGCUCUAGCUCAGGCCGUUUUCAACUCCCAAGCUGCCCGGUGGGACUCUGCGACCUGCAACGGUGGACUCAGAUGGCAAAUCUUCUCAUUCAACAACGGUUACGAUUACAAGAAUACCAUUUCAAACGGCUGUUUCUUCCAUCUGGCUGCGCGUCUCGCAAGGUACACCGGAAAUGAGACAUACGCCGAUUGGGCCAGGAAAUCAUACGACUGGACCAAGCGAGUCGGUCUGAUAACCAGCGACUACAAAUUCUACGAUGGUGCCUCCGUCGAUACCAACUGUACGCAUAUGGAUCGUAUUCAGUGGACGUAUAACGGAGGUAUCUAUCUUGCAGGAGCUGCUUUCAUGUACAAUAUUACCAACGGAACGGGAUAUUGGGCCGACGAACUCGGUGCUAUCCUCGAUGCCCAAAAAGUCUAUUUCAGAGACGAAAAGAUCAUGUACGAAGUCGCCUGCGAACCCUACGGCAAGUGCAACAUCGAUCAGCGUUCGUUCAAGGCAUACCUCGCCAGAUGGAUGGGGGUCACCACCCAAGUCGCUGCUUUCACCCGAACCAAAAUCAUGGACUGGCUCUCGCAAUCAGCAGCCGGAGCUGCCCGAAGCUGCAUCGGUGGAACAGACAAGCAAACCUGCGGUGCUAGAUGGACCCCCGAUGUCGAGGCCAAAUGGGAUGGUAAUUUCGGUGUCGGCGAGCAGAUGUCCGCUCUGGAAAUCUUCCAAAACUUACUCGCUCCCAGCUAUCGCCCGCCGUGUACCGCCAACACCUGUGGUAAUAGCACAGGCGACCCAAGCGCUGGUACGGGCAAUUCUCUGCAAACUGGUAAAACCAACAGACCUGCCACUACUGGUGAUAAAGUCGGCGCUGGUUUCUUAACGACACUCUGUCUUGGCUUGCUGCUGGGUGGUACAUAUUGGCUUAUAGUCUGA